AUGGGUGCUAAUUUGCUGCUGCUGUUGCUGCUGCUGCUCUGCUGCUCAGGCUAUGGAGGUGGACAGGGAAGCAGCAGGGCAUCAUCUACUGCUGCUGCACCUCCGCAGCAGCAUCAGCAGCAGCUACCUGUAGAGCAGCAGCAAGGGGGUAUUGGCGAUCAGCAGCAGCAGCAGCUAAUGCAGCACCCUCAAGGACACGUAAAGAAGCAGCAGAUGCCACCGCAGCAGCACAUGCAGCAGCAGCAGCAACAACAGCAGCAGCAGCAGCACAUGUACCAUGGCAUGCAGCAAACAGUUCCAGCACAAUCACCACAGAUGGCGCAACCAUUGCCUAUGCAGCAGCGGCAGCUGCAGCUGCAGCAGCAGCUACUGCAGCAGCAACAACUGAUGCAGCAGCAGCAGCUACUGCAGCAGCAGCAGCAGCAACCUGCUGUUGGGGUACACCCUAUGCAGCAACCUUACAUGGUCCCUGGCAUGCAUGACUUGCAGAUGCAGCAACAGCAGCAGCAAUUGCUGCAGCAGCAGCAGCUAAUGCAACAGCAGCAGCUAAUGCAGCAGCAGCACAUCAUGCAGCAGCACCCUGGACAGCAGCAGCAGCAGCUGCUGCAGCCUAAUGCUCAUUCCUUCCCUGCUAUGGGGGGAGUGGUGCCGAUGCAGCAGCAGCAGCAGCCACAGCCGCAGCAGCAGCAACAGCAGCAACCCUCCAAGUCCCGGGUACGGCGAAGUGCUGCAGCAGCAACUCCUGCAGCAGCAGCAACAGAAGGCAGCGAUGCAAGUCAGCAGCAGCACGGCAGCACCACCAGCAGGGCCCCCAAGAAGGCGAGGUCUGUCCGUAGAAAUGCUUAA